GAAAAUGAGCGCUGGGGUGGGGACACCUCCACCAUGUCGCAGAGCAAGUGAGCACACUGCAGCCUCCUGCCUCCUCUCUUGGGCUGGGAGACAGUAGGGAGGUGGGAAGAAUGAAGGAGGUUGGAGCUGGAAGCCCAUGUGCACCUCUUCACGUUUGUGGUUAGAUUUCCUGCCCUAUGAACGCCUAUUCCUGCGUUUUUCCUUCUGGUUGUGUUUCCCUGUGCUGUGCUGAACAAGCAGUUGCUGGAGGGAGCCAUCCCCGUGCACCCUGGACAGAGGGAAGCAUGGGGAGUUAACUAGAUGCAACAUUUAUAGGUUCUCCACUGGGGCAGGUGGAGCUAGCUCCCCACUGCUGCAUCCCCACCCCCCAGCAGGGGAAGGGCUGAGGAGCCUGCCAUGGGGCGUGGCAGAACUGUGGGUCAUCAGCCUCACGGCUGUAUUCCUGCUGCUUCCUGGGUUAAUGAUUGCUGGGGUGGCGAAGUGCUGCCAGUCUCCAGGGCACAGCAAUUGACUUCACCUUUGCCUGCGCUGCGGGGUAAGAGGGGCUUGGGUCCUCUCCACGUGGCUUUGGGGCACGCAGAAGGUUUUCCAGUGUGGUGCGUGGGUGCACACCUCCCUGGGUGGGGCCACGCAGGGCUCCCAGCUCUCUGGAAAGGGGGUGAGUGCCAGACAGCGGGACUAGAGCUUUCUGUAGCCAGUGCUGAGGAGAGGAGGUGGAGGUGAGUAGGGAAGGGGUUCCUGGGGGCGGAUCCUGGAGCAGCACAUCGAUGUGCUGGUGCCGUGCUGCUGUCCCCAGGUGCACCAUGGUGGAGGUAAUGGUGACGCCGAGCUCCUCACUGGCUGACCAGAUGGUGCAGGUGGUGGUUUCUGGACUGGCUCCCUCGCAGUUGGUGACUCUGCGUUCCUGGCUGACGGAUGAGCAUGGCGAGCGCUUCCAAGCACGUGCAUUCUACCGCUCUGAUGAGGAGGGCAAGGUGGAUGUUGGGCGACAUGCUGCCCUGGGGGGCAACUACACCGGUGUCUGGCCCAUGGGGCUCUUCUGGUUCCUGCAGCCUGACAGCCUCUUCAAGCGCCUGGUGAAGCGCGAUGUGAUGGGCAGCCCCUUCCUCGUCCACCUGGAGGUGUUUGAUGGCCUCCGCAUGGUGUCGGGGCAGCAGGAUGAGCCUCUGGCCACCUGCACCGCCGAACGGUGGUACGUGGGCCCUGGUGUGCAGCGGGUGCCCAUCCGCGAGGGGAGGGUGCGGGGGGCCCUGCUGCUGCCACCAGGCCCAGGGCCCUUUCCAGCAGUGAUCGACCUGUUUGGGGGUGCGGGUGGUCUCAUUGAGUUCCGAGCUGGGCUGCUGGCCAGCCGGGGCUUUGCAGUGCUGGCUUUGGCUUUCUUCGCCUAUGAGGACCUCCCGAAAGGCCUAACCCAGCUCGACCUGGACUAUUUCGAGGAGGCUGUCCAGCUGCUCCUGCAGCACCCCAAGGUGCGAGGCCCAGGGCUGGGUGUCAUUGGUGUGUCCAAAGGGGCUGAGGUGGCUCUGGCCAUGGCCGCCUUCCUCCCACAAGUGGUGGCCACAGUGUGGAUCAACGGCACAACCUUCCUCUACGGCAACCCGCUGCUCUACAAGGGCCUCCGCAUCCCUUCCAUCCCCUAUCAGACCGAGCGCAUGCUCUUCACCGAGCUGGGUGCCAUGGACAACUCUGCCAUCUUCGCCGACCCGCGCAGCCCAGCCUGCAGCUCCUCGGCCAUCCCAGUGGAGAAGAUCCAAGGCAAAGUCCUCUUUGUGGUGGGUGAGGCUGAUCGCAGCUUCAACAGCAAGCUCUUCGCCCAGCUGGCCACAGAACGCCUGCCACAGGAUGCCUACCGCCUGCUGUCCUACCCUGGGGCUGGCCACCUCAUCGAGCCCCCCGGCUCACCCCUCUGCAGCAUCUCCAGCCUGCGUGGCAGCCCUCUGCCUGUGGUGUGGGGCGGAGAGCCCCAGCCCCACGCCAGGGCGCAGCAGCACUCGUGGCAGGAGAUCGUGCAGUUCUUGGAGCUGCACUUGAGCCCCGCUCCUGCUAUCAAGCUGUGAGCUGCUCAAUAAAGGCAAUGGUUUCACUGGGGGGCACGUUGGGAGUUAAUGAGUCUUGGUGGAGAUUAAUGAGACCCUUUGACCUGGGUGUGAGCGUGCUGGGCAAGGAGCAGCAGCAGUCACGUUUCUUGUGCUCAGCUCUGGAGUGGGAUUUUACAUCUGGAGUUGCUCUCCAAGAAAAGGGAAAACUGAGCCCAAGUCUCAUUGAUCCAUGUUCUCUUCCUGCUGAGCUGAGUGUCUCUAUGCAGUCCUGGCUCAGAAAUCAUCCUAUAUCCUCCCGUGGAAGGGGGAAUGUUGCCCCAUGGGUGCCUGGCUCCAACGGUUGGGGCUUGAUGGCUGAGCUCCAGGGCUCCUU